UUCUCUUCCUUUGCCCAGGUUUGUGGGGAGGUUCUGGAGGCCACAGAGCAGUUUUUGGACUACUAGUUUUUUUUUUUUCCCCAAAUCCCUACUGCCUCUUAUUUGCCAGCCCCAGCCAUGGCUGCAAUCAGAAAGAAGCUGGUGAUUGUGGGGGAUGGUGCCUGUGGAAAGACCUGCCUCCUCAUCGUCUUCAGCAAGGAUCAGUUUCCAGAGGUCUACGUCCCUACUGUCUUUGAGAACUAUAUUGCAGACAUUGAGGUGGACGGCAAGCAGGUGGAGCUGGCUUUGUGGGACACAGCAGGACAGGAAGACUAUGAUCGUCUGCGGCCUCUCUCCUAUCCGGACACAGAUGUCAUCCUCAUGUGCUUCUCCAUUGACAGCCCCGACAGCCUGGAAAACAUUCCUGAGAAGUGGACCCCGGAGGUGAAGCACUUUUGCCCCAACGUGCCCAUCAUCCUAGUGGGGAAUAAGAAGGACUUGAGGCAAGAUGAGCAUACCAGGAGAGAGCUGGCCAAGAUGAAGCAGGAACCCGUCCGAUCUGAGGAAGGCCGGGAUAUGGCAAAUCGUAUCAGUGCCUUUGGCUAUCUUGAGUGCUCCGCCAAAACCAAGGAGGGAGUGCGGGAGGUUUUCGAGAUGGCCACUCGAGCUGGCCUCCAGGUCCGCAAGAAUAAGCGCCGGAGGGGCUGUCCCAUUCUCUGAGAUCCCCACGGCUCCUGAUGCCCCUUUCCUUCACUGGGGCUUAGGGAUCACCCACCUGCCCUUGAGCUCCACCCUUAGGACUCCAUGCUGAAGGCUCCUUUUUCCAGUUCCCUCUUGCCCAGGACUGCAUCGUUUCCCUAGCCCCCAGAGUGGUGGCAGGCCUGCCCUCCCUCCCUGUCCUCUGGGAGCUGGGCCUGUGCCCUGCCCUUCUCGAGCAGUCCCCUCUCCCUGCUGCCUUGGUCCAGGGGUAGGGCUCUUGCUCCCUUUGGCCCUCCCCAGAGGAUGGUCACACACCAGCACUUUAUAUACUUCUGGCUCAGAGGAGCAUUUCUAGGGUAGGUGGAUUGGGGUUUCUCCUUUGGGCAGGGGCCUUGUCUCUGACUGCACUUGGUGGGGGGCAUGAAUAAAGGCCACAGGUUCCAA